GUUAAUCUUCUAACAAGGAGGUUUAGUGUCCCUUAAAUGGUACUAGAGGUCCGGCGUCCCUCUGACGAUAUCGAAACUAUUCCACAAUCCAUUUCUACAUCAUUUUCAUCUUCACAUGUAGUCACAACCAUGAUCUGUUAUGCGAGACCAUAACAAUUGGUAUCAGGGCGAGGUUAAUCAUCUUCCGCAAAGCCAUCAAUGGACGAGAACAAAUUUAAAAAUUUGGCGACAGCAGUUAGCAAUAUAGGCACCAAGCAAGAUGGGUUACAGAAGGAAGUUAGCAAUAUGAUUACUGGUUUUAAAAAGGAUAUGAAAGAUUUUUGUGCAGCGUUUAUAUCCCGUUUGAAUCAACUCGCUAAAAAUGGAGGUAAGAUAUAUGAUGAUGCGUCCAAUUGUAGUAACGUCAAUCAAAACCAUGUUGUUCAAAAUAUACAAAAUGUCGAGACUGAAGAUCAUCGGAUGGUGUUGCAAUAUAUACAUAAAGAAGAUGAUGUCCAGAAUAUAGAUAUCGUAGAUACCGAAGAUCGCAGGAUGGGGUCAAAAGAGAUUCAUAAAUAUGGUAAUGCCCUUCCAUCAUAUGUGAUAAGGUCUCAGUACGUAGGUGGUUGUUAUCCUACUGUUUUCUUCAACAUCUUUAAAGAAGUAGAAGAUACUUGGAUUUUAUGGACAAAAAUCAGAGAUUUGUUUAUCUUUCAUAUUUCUGAUUUUUUCGAUAUAUUUGAAGAAAAGAGUGACAACAAAAAAUCAUGCCCACCAUUGCAAGUUUCUUCAAAGUUUGAAAUUCAAUUUUCUGAUGUGAUUUCUAAUUGGGUUUGUUUACAAAUUUAUUUGGAAUUACUAUCUUAUCUAAGGAAAGUUGUGGGUGAUCAAUAUGCGGGAAGAUAUCGUGGUCGACUUGGAACUGCAUUUCCAUUCAAUCUUCUCCGUCAAGUUUGCAACCUUGAGGUCAAAGUCUGUUUUGCGAUGGGAGAAAGGUGUAUGGUGAAAUCCUGAACCCUGGUCUUUCCAUAAUAUUUACAUCACCUUUGAAUUUAAUUUGUUUUAUCUUUAUUUUUUUUUUAAGUCUAAAAAUUAUUUCCUUCACAAGUCUCAAAAUAACCAAGUUUUUACCACAACUACAACAACUUUUGGAAAACCAUCAAAUUUUUGGCGCCGCCGACGCGGAUUUGUGUUUAGGUAACAUUUUUAAUAGCCGGGAAAGAAACUAGGACGGCGUCCUAAACGUCACGAGAUCUUUGGUGUUACCCAUACUAUAAAGAAGAAAACUGAAGACCCAUAUGAAGUAUUGAUGGAUCCAGAAGUGGCUGCAGAACUCAAGGAAAUGGAGGAAGUAGAGAUCCAAGCUAGCCAACCAGGUUCUGAUAUUGUGCUACAAGGACGACAUGAUGCUUUUUCCCAAGUGCGAGGACGGGAUAAAGGUGGCCGUGUUCGCUGUCUAGGAAAUGGUAUAAAGCCAAAGAAAUAUUAGGGUGAAGAAUCAUCCACCAAUCCUACCACUGACCCAGAUGCUGAAGUUUUGAACCUUAGACAUCAAUUGGAGAAUACUGUUUCACAACUUCAAGCAGCAAUGCAACGGAUAGCUGAACUGGAGGCAUUUCUUUCGCAUCAUGGACUGGGAACUGCCAGCACUGUUACCCCAUCGACUGACGCAGAGAUCGGGAACAGUCCAUGAAUGGAAGAUCUUGGUGCACAUAUAUAGAUGCUUGACUGAUAUGCUACUAAUAUAUAACCAUGGCGACUCAGGUGCUUGUUUUUUUUUGCUACAAGGGACUGGUAUCUCUUUUAUUUUGUUUUCAUGCCAUCAAGUGUGUUAUUAUCAUGUCCCAAACUUUCCACACGCAUUUUGGAUGUUGAUAAUCUUAGUUACAAGCUUUUUGAACUCUCUGGGUGUUGUUUGGUUGCCCAGAAUUAUGUUUUUUGAACAAUGAAACAUCUUACUGUUGUUUCUAUAGUGCAUCUAUGUAAA